UGAAUUACAAAUUAGUUAAGGAUGAAAAAGAAAAAGGCGUUGAGAUGAUAAUGUGAAGAAGAGAAGGAGAAACUCGGAAAUAUGAUGUUGAUCGAAAGACAAAUGCAAUCCAUUGGGUCCCCAAGUGCUCCUAGGGAUGUCCGCACCGCAACCAUCUCUCUCUCACACACUCACACUCACACUCACACUCACACUCCCACAUAAAUUAAGUUGUAUAAAUACCCCACCCCACACAUGCAAGAAUCGCCUUAUAAAACCAAACCCCGCCUAGCUUUCUCUUUCUCCCCGCCUUCCAUCUUCAAACUCUGCUUCUCUCUUUCUCUCUCUAUACACACACAUAGGACUACCUACUUGUAGUUGUCUGUAUGUAUAGCAUGGCGGAGCUGGGCUACGAAAACAAGCCAUGCAACGCGCCCUUAAAGCUAUUCGGCUUCAACGUCACGGAAGAUCAAGACGAGGCCGGCAAGACGCCGUCGGGAUCACCGGAGCCCGCGGCGGCGGACGGCCGCAAGUACGAGUGCCAGUACUGCUGCCGCCAGUUCGCCAACUCGCAGGCCCUGGGCGGCCACCAGAACGCCCACAAGAAGGAGCGGCAGCAGUUCAAGCGGGCGCAAAUGCAGGCCACGCGCAACGCCGCCGUCUCCUACAUGCGCAACCCCAUCGUCUCCGCCUUCACCCCGCCCUCCCACCUCCUCGCCCCCGCCGCCACCUCGACCCCCUCCUGGGUCUACGUCCCACGCUCCGCGCCGCCCUUCCACGUGUCGCACGGCUGCGUGUUCCCCCCUUCCACCAGCGGGAGGGGCGCGUACACGGCCGCCGCUGCGGAUUCCAGCAUUGGGCCGCCGCAGCCCGUUAUGGCCCAGAAUGGGAGCCUAGAUGGGCCGUCUCUCAGUAGAUUUUCAAGUGAUGGGCCUAAUUUUGACGAUGCGUUUGGGCUGGAUCUGCAUCUCAGCUUGGCUCCGGCGGCGCCAUGACUAGACUCAGCUAGUAUUGAUAGCGCUCGGAUUCUGUACAUUUUUCUCAUUUAUUUAUUUAAUUUUUUUUUCUCUAUCUUCUUGCAUCCAUUAAUUAUUUCUAUAAUUCGGAAAUUAUGGGUCCAACAUUGUAAAGUAUUUUAUUCGAAUUGGAUGUACAUACGUUGUCUGAGUAUGAAAUGACUAGCCAGAAUUAAAUCCCA